UGUUUGCUGUAAACUCUGAGGAAACAUGCCUGAACCCGCCAAGUCUGCGCCCAAGAAGGGCUCCAAGAAAGCGGUCACCAAAACCGCCGGCAAAGGAGGCAAGAAGAAGAGAAGGACCAGGAAGGAGAGCUACGCCAUCUACGUCUACAAGGUGCUCAAGCAGGUCCAUCCCGACACCGGCAUCUCCUCCAAGGCCAUGAGCAUCAUGAACUCCUUCGUCAACGACAUCUUUGAGCGCAUCGCCUCCGAGGCCUCCCGUCUGGCUCACUACAACAAGCGCUCCACCAUCAGCUCCAGGGAGAUCCAGACCGCUGUGCGCCUCCUGCUGCCCGGUGAGCUGGCCAAGCACGCCGUGUCUGAGGGCACCAAGGCGGUCACCAAGUACACCAGCUCCAAGUAGACCAGCUAAUGCUAAAGCUAAUGCUGCUACAGCUCGGACACAACAACACAACGGCUCUUUUAAGAGCCACACACAACACUGGAGAGCUGAACUCCUCUGCAAUGUUUCAUGGUUUUAGGUGUGAUAAUGCAACUUAUUGUAAUAUGGGAAAGUUCACAUGAGUUUCACUCGAAUGUUUUAGUAACAUGAACAUAGUGGCCCAAUCAUAUGCCACCAAUGGUAUAUUGACUUUCUCUUUUUAAGCAAUUUAUGCUUAAAAUUAAAAUCUUGCUAAUAUCUCAAAUCAUCCAAAACAUUUAAAAUGGGCCUGAUCGGUCCAGUAGUUCUAACUUGACAAUUCAACUUGAAAUUGAAAGACUUUUAGUUUAACAAUAUUGAAAAUAUAGUAAAUAUUAUGUAAUAAAAUAUAUUGACUCAUAUCUUCAAUACAAAAUUCAAAGGGUUGUAAAAAUACUUGCAGCAAAAAUAGUUUCUAUGCUGAA